ACCAAAUAAGCUGAGGAUCGGCCCUGACCAAGGCGACAAAGGGGUCGCCCAGGCCUCAAAAUUUAUACGCUCAUGGACGGUGGGCCACCAGAGAAAAAAAAAAAAAAAAAAAAAAAAAAAAAAAAUUUAGGGCAAAUCAUUUCGGCCUCCCCAAUCGCCACCAUCUCUACUCUCGUUCUCAACUCUGAACUUACUAUCUCUCCGUGUGCAACUGCAAACUACAAAAUCUAGAAGAAUCAGAAGUUCAAAACCCAUAUAUUUCAGUUUAUCUAUCUGUCUGUAAUAAUCAAAAGUUCAAAACCCAUAUAGGCAUAUAAAUUUCAGAUUGUUCAAAAAAUCAAAACCCAUAUCUUUCAGUUUCCAUUGCCCGCUGUUCCAGUUCGGGUUCGCCGUUCGCAAGCUUCAGCCGCUGUCUCUCAACUCUCAAGCUUGCCCCCCAAUCUCUCUGCAACUGCUAACUUCCGUUGUUCACUCUCUUCUCUCUCCAUCUUCUUCUGACUGUGGCUUCGAGAUCUUGUGAUAACUCUUUCAUCUCUCAAUUAAGGUUUUGGCUCUAACAGCUCCUAAAUCAAAGGGUCCUUGCACAAUAUGCCUCCUCAAUCAUCAGUCAUGCACAGAAGGAGAAAAAAGGACACUUGAAGGAGAAAAAGGGUCACUUCUUGCUGCUGUAACCACACUUGAAGGAAGGACACUUGAAGGAGAAAAAGGGACACUUCUUGCUGCUAUAACCACACUUGAAGGAGAAAAAAGGACACUUAAUUGAAGGAGAAAGAGGGACACUUCUUGCUGCUGUAACCACACUUGAAGGAGAAAAAAGUCGACGCUGUCCCGCCGUCCUCGACAUCAUCCUGCCGUCAUCAACAUCGUUCUGUAGUCAACGUAGUCCUGCUGUCCUCGACAUCGUUCUGCAGUCGACGUCAUCCUGCCGUCAUCGACAUCGUUCUGCAAUUGAUGUUGUCCUGCCGUCCUCUACGUCAUCCUACCGUCAUCAACAUCAUUCUGCAGUCAUCGACAUCCUGCCAUCAUCGACAUCGAUAUCAACAACAAAGAGAGACUUAUAGAUCUGAAGUUACUGCUGAAUCACUCGCCUCUCCCUACAGUGAUUCUAUUCCUGUGAAUGUACUCUCUUGUGUACUCUAUUGCCUUACCUCUCUCUAUCUUGUGGAUCAAUGUCUUGGAGUUCUAGUUAGAACUCUCCACAUCUCUUUAAUUUUUCUCUGAAUAUACGUACAUAUUAUGUGUUUGCAAAAUAGUUCUACCUUAGGAUCCACAAUCUUUCUCUAAAUAUACUGACACAUUAUCUAAAAGCUUCCCGUGACAAUUUUUAUUUAUUUUUUGUUUUUGUUUUCCAAUUGCAUGUUUAGAAUAUACUUUGAUUAAUCUUUGUUUUUGUUUCUAUUUUUUUGUUUCUUAUUCUUGGUUUUUUUGUGGUUUUUUUUUUUAAGAAAGAUAAACUUUGGUCCACAUUACAGGUUCGGCAGAUUUACGAGUUUCAGGUCAUCAUAUUUUAAAGAAUUUAUGCAUUUUAUAUGGUUUUUGUAGACGUUUGAAGGACAUAGUUUGUAGAAGUUCUGUGUUUUUUUGCCAAACCUGUUCUGCACCAGUCUCUCUCUCAACUCGUUGGUUUAUACUCAUAGAUCUAUGUUUUUUGGGACGGCAUAGACUAACGUUUUGGUUCUAACGACUACCAAUCAAAGGGUCAUCCAACAAUAUGCCUCCUCAGUCCUCAGGGAGGUGGCUGAUUGCAAGAAAGAGAUCUGAGGCCAAUGCACAUGCAAAUGAAUUGACAAGGGACUUGAAAGCUGCAGAAGUUCGUGAAAAAAGUGCUGAAACUAAGGCUGCAUCGGCCAAGGCGAAUGCUGAAUUAAGGGAGAAAGAGAGAGAGAAGGCGAGGAUGGAGUUAUCUAAAUCGUCAGAAAUUCAAAAGAAUUUGGUAGCUGAAUUGUCUGCGUGGAAGCUAGUGACAAAGGACAUACCUGAUAUUUUCUGUCCUGAUGAUAUACCUAUGAAGUUCACUGCCUUAAACAGGGAGGUGGCUGAUUGCAAGGACGAGAUCCGUAAGGCCAAUGCAUGUGCAGAUCAAUUGAAAAUGGACUUGAAAGCUGUAGAAUUUAGCAAAAAUAGUGAUGAAACUAAGGCUGCAUCGACCCAGGCAAAUGCUAAGCUGUGUAAAGGCCAAUGUGGUUAUUGUUGUUAUAUGUAUUUGUGGAAGCUUUUUAUUUUUUUUUAUUUUUAAAUAUAGAUGUUCAAAAAUGUAUCGAGACCAAAUCAAUUCCAAACUUUGAUGUGUCACACUCCUUUAAUAUGAUCUUAUCUAUGUUGAUUGGUAGAAAAAAGAAACUUUCAUUAUUAUUUCUUGUUGGCAUUUGCUCUUCCAAAUGAUCAAGCCCAUUAUUAUUUAUUUUUUGUUAUAAUGCAUAAUGGUGGGAAUGACAUCAAAAGUGUUUAUGCAGGAAAUUGAAUAAUUUUUAAGUAUCAUGUGCAAUGAUUUUCCCCAAAAUUAGCAUACAUGUGGGUUAAAAGAUGACCGGUGGAUGAUAGGAAGAGCAUCCAAGUGCUUAGUAGGCCAUUAUGCCAUUGAACAUGGUGGUUCUACCUCUGUGGGUAGCGAAUGGGCGUUCUCUGUACGCCCCAACAUUAAAAGAAAGAAAAAAUGAAUAUACAUAUUGUAAAAUUCGAUUAUUUCAAUAAUUUGAAUCAAUGUUGUAUUUUUGUAUGGUGCAUGAGUUUUUUGUUAUGUAUUUCAUGUAUUGAAUGAUUUUAUACCCUUGCCUGCAGUUUCUAUCUUUGUCCAUUCAAUGUUGCCCGUUAUUUAA